AUGAUACACUUGAUACGAUUUCUCGCCUUCAAUUGGAAGCUUAUCACUUUCUUCACGGUUCUUUUCACAAUUCUUCGUUGGUAUUUCAAACGCCGCCAUUUGUAUUACGCUUCAUGGCAAUUAGAUGGACCUCUCGCCUUACCAUUCAUCGGAAAUUUGUUCGUUUUUCUCAAUGGAAGAGAUCGUGUUUUUGAGAGCACUAAACAGAUGUUAGAGACAUAUAAAGCUCCUCAACGUUUCUGGAUUGGCCCAUUUUUGGUAGUUUACUUGACAGAACCUGACGACUUGAAAAUUAUUUUAAACCAUCCGAAUGCCUUGCCGAAACCUUUUAUCUAUUCCAUUACUGAUGCGUGGUUGGGAGAAGGAUUAUUAACAGCUCCUGUAGAAAAAUGGCGUGUUCAUCGAGCAUUUUUGCAACCUACGUACAAUGUGAAGACUCUCAACUCUUACAUGACGACAACUAAUCGAUGUGCGGAUAUUUUAGUGAAAAAAUUGGAGAAAUACGUUGGAAUGGAGUCCGUUGAUGUCUUUAAUGAUGUUUUUAUGUGCGCUUUAGACAUGAUUUGUCGAACAACGUUAGAGACUGAGACAAAUUGUCAAACGGGAGAUCCAUACGGGCCGGCAUAUCUCAAAGCUUCGAACAGUAUGUUUGAUAUUUUUCAAUAUCGCGAUGUUCGACCGUGGCUUUAUCCGGAUUUUAUGUUCAAAAUGUGCAAGUGUUAUGAUGAGUUUUUGGCGAAUGUCAAUGUUUUUCGAUCGUUUUCACAAAAGGUUUUACAUGAGCGACGUACCUUUUUGAAAGAGAUGCUCGAUAAAAAUCCCUCAUACAAGCCGGAAAAUGUGUCACCUGUUGAUGCACUUAUUCUCUCGUCACUCACACAAAUGGAUGGACCUUUCAACUUCACCGACGACGAAAUUAUCGAUGAAAUCGAGAUAAUUAUCGCAGGCGGCGCCGAUUCAUCAGGACACACAAUUUGCUUUGUUCUCUUAAUCCUCGCGAUGCAUCCCGACAUCCAAUCACGUUGCUACGAGGAAAUAAAAUCUCUUGACGCUGCCUCGGAAUUAACAAAAUCCGAUUUAAAUUUUUUGGUUUAUUUGGAUCAAGUGAUCUGUGAAACGAUGCGGAUUUUGCCGGCAGUACCAAUUAUCGGGCGCGAGUUAAAUGGACCCGUAACACUUUCGAAUGGCGUCACUUUGCCCGCUGGCACGCAAAUUGGCAUCGGGAUCCGUGACACGCAUCGCAAUAAAGCGGUUUGGGGCGACGAUGCCGACAAAUUCGAUCCGGAAAAUUUCUCUGCCGAGGCAAUGAAAAAUCGACAUCCAUACUCAUUCAUCCCAUUUAGCGGCGGUCCGAGAAAUUGCAUUGGUUUCAAAUUUGCGAGAAACAGUAUGAAAGUUGUGCUUUGCAAGAUUCUACGACGUUUUGUGCUGACCACGGAUCGUAAAUUGGAAUCACUGCGAUGCUCGAUGCAUCCAUUGCUGAAAUUGGAAGGCGGUUGGCAUGUCAGACUGGCAGAACGUAACUCCUAA